AUGGACACCGACACCGACACUAGGAAUACGUUCGACAAGGACCGGGAUAAGGAGGGAUGGCAGGACGCGCAGGACGCACACGACGCGCAGCGCGUAUACGAUGUGCCGGUACUUGACGAGAAGGCGACGUUACCGACGGGCACCUUCGACCCGGUCUACGAGGCCAAGGCACGUGUACUGAACCGCGCGAUCCAGGACAUCGGUAUGGGUUGGUACCAGUGGCAGCUGUUUGUGGUUGUCGGCUUCGGUUGGGCCGCAGACAACAUGUGGCCAAUCGUGACGUCGUUGAUUCUACCGCCCGUCGCGCUCGAGUUCAACGUCUCCCGCCCGCCGCUCCUCACCCUCGCCCAGAAUAUCGGGCUGCUGGUUGGCGCCAUGUUCUGGGGCUUUGGAUGUGACCUCUUCGGUCGUAAGUGGGGAUUCAACCUCACGCUGGGCAUUACUGCCGUGUUCGGCAUGAUCUCGGCGUCGUCCCCCACGUUUGCUGCAGUGGGCACCUUUGCUGCUCUGUGGAGCUUUGGAGUUGGCGGAAACUUACCCGUCGACUCUGCCGUGUUCCUCGAAUUCCUUCCUGCCAACAAACAAUGGCUACUCUCGGUCCUCUCCGUCGGCUGGGCAUUUGCCCAAGUUCUAGCAGCGGGGGUAGCUUGGCCCCUCAUCGGAACAAUGACAUGCUCAAAGGGCGAGCCGUGCACGCGGAAAGCCAACAUGGGCUGGCGCUAUUUCGUGAUCACGAUGGGUGCGGUUGCGCUGCUCAUGUUUGUGUGCCGUUUCUUCUUCUUCACCAUUUACGAGAGCCCGAAAUACCUCAUGGGUAAAGGACGGGACGAGGACGCCGUGCGUGUUGUGCAAGAAGUUGCUCGGCGGAAUGGCACAACCUCGAGCCUGACGAUUGACGACCUCAAAGCCUGCGAGCCGGCCGGAUACGAGGCGCAGACGGACGCGCGGGCGGCCCUUAAGCGCAAACUCGAGAGUCUAGAUGGUAAACACGUUCGCCAACUGUUCAAAACUCCAAAGCUCGCAUUCUCGACCACCCUCCUCAUCGUAAUCUGGGCGUUUAUCGGCCUUGCGUAUCCGCUGUAUAACGCCUUCCUGCCGUAUAUCCAGGAAAACAAUAGUCGUCUCAAAGCAGACAUGGCCAACCAGGGAGACACGACGUACACGACGUAUCGGAACAUGCUCAUCAUCGCGUCGUUGGGCGUACCCGGCGCAAUCAUUGGUGGGCUGCUGACCGAAACGCGCGCAGGCCGACGCGGCGUACUUGGUCUCGCGACGGCUUUGGUCGGAGUAUUCCUCUUCGCCUCGACCACCGCUACAACAGUCAACACCCUCCUCGCCUGGAACUGCAUGUACAACUUCUUCUCCUCCGUCAUGUACGCCGUUUUGUAUGCGUACACUCCUGAGCUGUUCCCCACCGCCUCACGGGGAACCGGCAACGCGCUUACCGCGAGCGCAAACCGCAUCUUCGGCGUCAUGGCACCCAUCAUUGGCAUGUUUGCCGACCUCUCAACCCCCGUGCCCGUAUACGUCUCGGGCGCGCUAUUCAUCGUCGCCGGCUGCCUUGUCUUUAUCCUCCCCUACGAGUCGCGGGGUACUGCCGCUCUGUGA